GUGUUGCGAACUGAAUUUAAAGCGGGUCCAGAAAUCAAGAGAGGAAAAAUAGAAAAAGGAACGAAAACAAUGGCUGCGCCCAGUAAUUCAGUUGUGACGUUUUGUUUGUUGAUAAAUAUUUGUAGUUCUAUUGUUAUUGUUCUCCUAAACAAAUGGCUUUAUUCAAAUUAUGGAUUUCCAAAUAUGUCUUUAACAUGCAUUCAUUUUGUAAUAACCACCUUUGGGCUACUUUUGUGCAAAAUGGGAAAUCUUUUCCAACCUAAAAGUUUGCCGUUUUUUCAAAUGCUUCCUCUGGCAUUGACAUUUUGUGGUUUCGUUGUGUUCACCAACUUAUCACUUGAAACUAAUACUGUUGGAACAUAUCAGUUAAUAAAAACAAUGACUACGCCUUGUAUUAUUGUCAUACAAACAAACAUUUACUCCAAGAGCUUCUCAUGGAAAGUAAAAGCAACACUGAUUCCUAUCACAAUUGGAGUUUUCCUAAAUUCUUAUUAUGAUGUCAAAUUCAACUUCACUGGCAUUGCAUUUGCAGCGAUUGGAGUGCUUGUAACUUCAGUUUAUCAGGUGUUGGUUGGAGAAAAGCAACAUGAGUUUCAGGUGAACUCGAUGCAGCUACUGUACUACCAGGCACCGCUGUCCGCCCUGCUCCUGAUCUGCGUGAUUCCGUUCUUUGAACCAGUCAACCAGUACCACGGCCUGCUGUUCAGCUGGCCACUCGAAGCUCUGCUUUUGGUUUUCCUGUCAGGAGUUGUAGCUUUUUCUGUGAAUCUUUCAAUCUACUGGAUCAUAGGAAACACAUCACCAGUAACAUACAACAUGGUUGGACACCUUAAAUUCUGCCUCACUUUAACGGGAGGUUAUGUUUUGUUCAAUGAACAGCUCCAACUACUUCAAGUAUCAGGCAUAAUCACAACAUUAGCAGGUGUCAUGGCGUAUACGUACUUCAAGCUACAGGAGAGAAAAUUGCCAACCUUGCCAGUCUCCAAGUGAAGAUGUGUCUCAUUACUUUAAAUUCUUUAUUUUAAACCACACACAACUUUUGCUUCUUUCUAUAUUUAUUCACUAUUACAGGUGUAUUUUAUAAUGUAAUUUAUUUAAGGCUCUUUUUAAAUGCUCUUGGUUCUCUUACAAUAUUUUCGGGUAUUCCUGCCUCAACUCUUCUCUAAGACAAUAUGUCAGAAUCCUUAACUUUUGAUGGGUCAUAUUAUGGUAUAUAAACUUUUCCUUUGUGAAGAAUAUCUUUCUUAUUAAUUCAUAUGGGAGCAUCAAACCUUGCAUGCAAGUACAACUUGGGAAGGUGGUCUGUCAGGUACCAUAACUAGGUCACAGUGACCUACUUUACAAGCAUUACUGCAUAUUAAAGGAAAUCCUUAUCCGAGCCAUAUUUUCCUUAUUGAUUCGGUGGUGUCAUGGUUAAGCCAUCAGAUGUACGGCUGGUAGGUACAGGGUUCACAGCCCAGUACCGGCUCCCACCCAGAGCAAGUUUUAAUGACUCGAUUGGUGUAAGACCGCUACACC